CCUGUGGUUGUCGGUGGUAUCAGAGGUACUAUACAUCAUGUUGUUGGUGGUUGGGUUCAGUCUCAUGUGUCUGGAGCUGUUCCAUUCCAGCAACGUCAUCGAUGGACUUAAACUCAACGCCUUCGCUGCUGUUUUCACCGUGCUCUCAGGUCUGCUAGGCAUGGUGGCCCAUAUGAUGUACACCCAGGUUUUCCAGAUCACAGUUAGUCUGGGUCCUGAAGACUGGAGACCCCACUCCUGGGACUAUGGAUGGUCCUUCUGCCUGGCAUGGGGCUCCUUCACCUGCUGCAUGGCAGCUUCCGUCACCACCCUCAACUCCUACACCAAGACGGUCAUCGAGUUCCGGCACAAGCGCAAACUGUUCGAGCAGGGUCUCAGGGAGGAGCAGAACUACCUCGACCAGGAGGCCUUCCAUUACUUCAGAGACCGCUCCCUCCAGUCCAUAUCCAGCUCCAUGGAGGUCUACCCUGGGCACGGGGGAGGAAGGCUGCCUGGGGGGCCUGGAGGCCUGGUGGGGUCUGGGCUGGUUGGAGUACCAGGGAGAGGGAAGAUGGGGGGGUCCUCAGGUUCCAUCGACCUGGGAGAGAACUCAGAGUCCCUGGGGGAGGAACAGUGCUGAGAGAGAGAGGGGGGAGAGGGUUGGGGAGUGGAGGGUUGCAAAAUUCUAGUAACUUUCUGGGACUCAGGUGGGAAUAAUAAGCAGAAAAUUGGGAAUCCUAGAACCAGGAGGAAAACCUGGGGAUUUACAACCAGGAGGAAAACCUGGGGAUUUACAACCCUAGUGUUGAGAAGUUGAUGAAGACGAUGCUGAUCUCGGAUCAGUUUUGUAUUUUCGGCACCAAUGGUUCAGGUUAGGAGAGGUGUAUAUAGUGUCAUGCUUUGGUCUGAACAAGUAGUGCACUAUACUGUACACAGUGCCUUGCAAAAGUAUUCAUCCCCCUUGGUGUUUUUCCUAUUUUGUUGAAUUACAACCUGUAAU